CGGCACUGGGCCCCUCACUGUGCGCUGGCUGCAAGAGCCGCCGCCCUCCUGCUUGGGUGACCUCAGCCCUGUGAGGUGUGAUGGCGUCACAGAGGGUGGCACGGAACGGCCAUUGUGACACGGGGGCUGUGGAGCAGAGCUGAGGCUGCGGGGCUCAGGCCCAGCUCAGUGCGACUUGGUGAGUAGAGCAGGGAGGAAGGGGCUGCCUGAGGCUGCCCAGGGAGGAGGGUUCCCCAGCGCUCGGGGGCCUGAGCUGCCAACUCAGACUCGUCCCGAUUCUCCCAUAGGUUUGCACGCAGAGGACGAAGCCCAGCAGUGAUGGGACAGACACUCUGCACGUGGUUGCGGUCGACGCGCACAGUGCGCGCGGAGACACAGGAGGAUGAUGGCUCACUAGAGCCAGCAUGCGUGCUCUGUGGCCUAGUGGAUGAGAACUUGGGCAUCCUCGGCCGCAGACAGAGGAUUCGUAGAUUGCAUUUCCAUGAGUUUUGUGCGAGAUUUGCCAACGGUCUUUGUGAACACUCACAAGGUUACAGUGAGCCACGCUAUCGUGUAGAAGACCUGACACGCGCAGUGAGGGAGGCAGAGCAGACGCUCUGCUUCGUCUGUGGCGGUUCGGGGGCCAGCAUCACCUGCGCAGAGCCGGGAUGUGAGCGGAGCUUCCAUCUCCCCUGCGCCUAUGAGGGUCAAUGUGUUACACAGUACUCUGGAGCGCUCAGGUCCUUCUGCUGUGAGCACCGCCCGCAGCAGGCAGCGCAGGCAGCACCGGAGGCGGACACGACCUGCAUCAUCUGCAUGGAGCCUGUAGGUGACAGCACGUCGUACAGCACCAUGGUGUGCCCAGCCUGCCAACACGCCUGGUUCCACCGGGCCUGCAUCCAGGAACAGGCCCUAAGCGCGGGGAUUUACUGCUUCCAGUGCCCCCAGUGCCGAGACAUGAACUCGUUUCUACGAGACAUGCUCACUAUGGGGAUCCGAAUCCCAAUCAGAAAUCCAACAUGGGAGGACAACAACGCCUAUGCAGCACUGGCAGUUCGGCACCAACGCUGCGAUGCCAGCAGCUGCCUUUACCCCCAAGGCAGGGAGCAGUCAGGAGAGGGGCCCUGGGAGCUGCUCUUCUGCAGCUCCUGUGCUGUACGAGGGACACACCGGCGUUGUUCCCUCUUGAGUAACAGCACAACCAGAUGGGAGUGCAACGCCUGUGCUGGAGAGGGCACCGCCUCCAGCACCAGCUCACGUCUUGCUGGCCUCAGAACCACCAGCCAGCAUGGACAGCAGCCAUCCCGAGGCUCCACCGAGAGAGAGAGCAGCAGCUCUACAACAACCACCAGCCAGGCACCACCGGGGACAGCUCACAGUUCCCGUUUGCCUGAGACCCCUGGCCUGUCCAGCCGGCGCAGGCCACAAUGGAGGAGACUCGGCCGGCGUUUACAUCGCACUGGCAACUCAUGUCAUGAGUUGCAAGGGUGCUGUGGGAGCAGCCAUCAUGCUGCCCUGAUUGCUGAGAGCAGCACCCCAGACUCUGACAGCCAGGGGACAUCUCGGUCCUCGAGGCACUGCCCUGCACCUGGAUACAACCUCAGGUGCAGGCAGGGACAGCGGGCCCGGACAAGAAGCCGCUCUCCGUUGCAGCGCCGGGCCCCAGAAGCUCAGAGCCGGCCCCAAACACGCCGUGGGAGCCGGCAGACACCAACCCCAAGUGCUCAGAGCGGCACCCGCAGCUACACCACACGGGGAGCACAGGGGUCCUCCAGGGCUUCCGCAGCAGCCGACAGAAGCCCAUCCACACGGCCAAGGCGGGCCCGGACUCGAAGCCGCUCGCCUCUCCAUCGUCGGGCUGCGCAGACCAACAGCCAGCCCCGGAGACGCCGCGGAAGCCGCUCCAGGAGGAGAGGACCAGCCCAGGGGCGGAGCCGCUCCCGGGUACCACGCCGGGCCCAGCGUGUCACCAGCCGGCUCUACUGA